CUUGCCAGUCCCUGAAGAUGGCAGUUGCCUCUAGGCCUCUCACCAUUGUCGCCGAGACUAAGAAAGCCGUCGCAGUCCUCAAGGGCAAUUCCCAGGUGGAAGGCGUUGUCACCUUAACUCAAGAAGACGACAAGGUGAUGUCAGAUUGUUCGACUACAGGUCCUAUGACGGUGAAUGUUCGUGUCACAGGACUCACUCCUGGACCUCACGGUUUCCAUCUUGUCUUUCCCCCCUUUUCUCGUUUGGGCUUUCUCGCGAUUACUUGGUUUAAUAAAUUAUCUGAAGAUUCAGGGGAUUUUGAAGUUUGGAAAUGUAGAUUAGUACCCUGUGUUAAUGAGUCUGUGUUACGGUUCUCUUUCCCCCUCCUCCUCCUCUUUGUUGACCAAUUAGGGGCACACUUCAAUCCCAAUAAUAUGACGCACAGUGCUCCUGAGGAUGAAGUCCGCCAUGCGGGUGACCUGGGAAACAUAGUUGCUAAUGUCAAUACAGGUGUGGCUGAAGCAACAAUUGUAGAUAACCAGGUACCAUUUAUUGGGUCUAAUGCCGUUAUUGGAAGAGCUUUUGUGGUUCAUGAGCUAAAGGAUGACCUUGGAAAGGGUGGACAUGAACUUAGCCUUACCACUGGGAAUGUAGGUGGAAAAUUGGCCUGUGGUGUGGUUGGUUUGACUCCAGUUCAGUGAGAGUCCCUAGUUUGAAACUAAUCUGGUAUUCAACUAUGGCUUCCCUUUUACAAGUGUCAUGGAGAGUUAGAUAGUCUUUUUGAAGUCAAGAGGAUGCAGUUGAGAUAGUUGAGAAGAAGGUGUUGAGUCAUACUGUAGAAUUUGAGGGACAUUACCAUGUACUUGCCUCAACAAAUUUAAGGACAAUUGUUUGUGCUUUGAAGUCCUUAUUCUUGGCUUUUAUAUGCAUUGCUGUUUUGAAUCAGGAAUCUUCUCAACUCCUGUUUUGAAACUUCUCUGUGAAGAAAGAAUGUAACUAGUUUCGAUUAAAAGAUGGAAAUCCUUGGAUGUGG